AUGUGGGCGACUACAUUCGAACACGCGCGGAGCCAUAGGGUAGAUGAGUCGGGCGAAUGGCUGCUAGCUCAUCCUCUCGUGGCAGGGCUCAUUGAGGAUAGUAGUGCCGCGACUGCGAGACGACCAAACGUUUUGUUUCUAUACGGAAAGCCGGGCUACGGCAAGACGACACUCGCAACGGUAGUGAUUGACCAUCUCAGAGAUACGGCUUCGUUACGCGGGAAGAAUGGCCCCGGUUCUCUCGCGUUCUUCUUCUUUGACAGGCAAGGCCGAUUUAACUCCUCACACGAUGCAUUUCGCGCUCUACUAGCCCAGUUGAUAUUUUGCCGACGAUUUGACCGCAUUGUCCUAGAUAUCGCAGCAAUUACACGGUCUGAUCACGACACUGGGCAGCAACUGGCUUCGGACGAUGAAGUAUUCGCCAUACUGCAUCUGUUUCUUCUGCAAUUUUCCAAUUGCGCCUUUGUAUGUGACGGUGUAGAUGAAUGCAAAGACAGAGACAACUUUCUAAAGAGGUUGAUCGAGGACCUCGUCGAAGGUGGAGAAUUAGUUCUUCUCGGUGCCACCUCUGUUGAUGAUCUCACAUCCAGCAUUUGCACUCGAUCAAAUGGGAUGUUUCUAUGGGCAGCACUGUUUCUUGGUUACCUCAAGUUACCCUCUCUUUCCAUCUCACAAAGACGCGAGGCGCUUGAAGACUCACACAAGUUCGAAGAGUACCCACUGUUUGCUUACGCGGCGCAAUCCUGGACUUCGCAUCUCCGAGAAGUCACCGAUCAGUUUGCAACUUCUUCAUAUGUUGAUAGCCUGUGCAUCUUCGAAGAACUUGGUCAGCGGGCAAUAUUGUUCCUAUCCAACAAACUCAAAUUUACAUCUUGGACUGAGGCGCUGUGGCAUAUGAGUUGCCCACAGGAAGCUUGGGCAAUGGAGUCCGUAGACUGGAAAAGGAUUGAUUCCAUCUACAACGACAGCGAAAUAAAGACCGCUGCUUCUUUACUGCACUUGGCCUUUGAAGAACAUAGAGGACUUGUUAAGUCUUGGGGCAAUGUUCUACAGAAGUAUCCAGAAGAAUUAUGGCAGCCAAGCAUCUCCGCUUUCUCCGAAUCAAUGCUACGAAAGACUACAACCGCAGCGGAAACCACAAGCAUUCUACACAAUUCUACAGGAGGCCAAGAUUCGACUGUUCUACAGACAAAGUGCUCAUCAUCAGGGCAUGCGAUUGGCAUACUACGCGCGCAGUAUCAGUCAAAGUAA